AUGUGUGUUGCCCCGGCCCGCGAUCACAAGACGGUGGCCGUCUGCUUUGCGCCAACGCCGCCGUUUGUCCUCGUCGACGUCCCUGGCGGCGAGACGUCUGUGGCGGAAGGCAUCUACGGAUACGAUGUAGAGCUGUGGGAGUAUCUUGUCGACGCUAUGGUCUCGCACCAGGCGGUCCAGAACGUGACCUUUGACCGUCAGCUCUGCUCAUGGCGCGAGAUGCUCAAUCGGACGGCGUCGGACUCGGAGGCUGUCAUCGGCCUCGGCGGCAUCACCAUCACCGGACAGAGGGCUGAGAGCCGCGACUUUACCCAUCCGUACUUUCACUCGGGUGUUGAGAUCAUGCUCCCUGCCCGCGAGACGGUGCCCGACUUUGGCCUUGUCUUCCAGCCCUUUACCCCGAGUCUCUGGAUCUCGGUUGUGGUCAUCAUCGGCAUCUCGGGUGUCUGCUUCUGGGCGCUGGAGCAUACGUACCAGCCCGAGGCCUUCCCACUCUCGCUCAUCCGGGGCGUUAAUGAGGGCACCUGGUUUGCUUGGUCCAUUGUGAGCGAGACCAAGGAGCACGACCUCAUCGGCAUGCCUGCACGAUUGUACUCGAUCGGCUUCACCUGGUUCGCCGUCGCCCUCGUCGCCGCGUACACAGCCUCGCUCACCGCCACUAUUGCUGCCGAGCAGCUCGACUCGCAGACCGGGACCACGCUCUCAGUCCUCCACAACAUUGCCGUCGCCACUGUCAUCGAUACCACCGCCGAAACCUUUGUUCUCGAGCGAGUCCGCGCCUCACGCCUCCUCAUCUACGCCACCGUCGACGAGGCGCUACAGGCGCUCACCGAUGGCCUCGCCAAGGCCUUGGUCUACGACGCCGCUGUCCUCGAGUACCUCAUCAACAAUGACGCCCGCGCGCGAUACGCUCGCCUCCUCGGCAAUCUGCAGACCUCGGAGCGCUUUGCGCUUGCCGUCUCGCGCGGCGUCCGAGGCCUCGCUGCCGCGCUCAACCUCGCCAUCCUCGACGCACUCGACGCCGGCGUGGUUGUCCAGCUCAACAACAAGUACUUUGGCAAGGCGUACCUUGACUCGGGCCUUGUGGAGCGGCUGACUGUGGAGCGGCUUGACUUUAACGCCCUGGCCGGCUCGUACGUCAUCAUGGCCGGCGCCAUGGCCGUGGCCAUUCUCUCGUAUCUCGGCUUGCGGGUUCUCAAGUUUUGCUGCUGA